AUGUUUAUCGAAGGCAGCGGAGUAGCUACCAAAGUCUGCGUGCCUGCUGAGCAAAAUUCUAAGCUCCAAGGGCCACUUCUUCGCAAAACCAAAAGGCUGUGCAACCUUAAGAAGGGUGAUGAGGUUCUCAUCCGUCUAGUCGGGAGACGCAGUCAGUACAAUUUUCCCGCGAGGAGAGAAACUCGUGAUGACAUUACAAUAUCCGACGCCAAUGCAACCUUGAUUGACCCCAUCGGUGACAAGUCGCUAACAUAUAUUGGCAUUCCACUUGGCGAGCUGGACGGGGGGCAUUACGAAAUUGAAGCUAAACUUUCUGACUCGGUGGUGCAGGCUGAGGUUCUCAAACAGUACGGCGAUUCGUACGCUGUUUGGGAAGCCUUCCUCAUUUGGGACAUUUACCUUUGA